AUGAAUUAUUCACUUAUAGAUAAGAAAACAUUAGAUAUUGGGUGCGCUCAGAAUCACAAGGGCGAAUUCGACUGUCUGUGCCGAGAGCGACCAAAUGACUGUCCCUUCUGUGUAAGCGGAUUGUGGAAAGAUCCUCAAAAAGAGUUUCGCAAGGAAAUUUGUCAGUGUCCACAAGGCUACACUGGGGCUAGUUGUGAGAGGUGUAUGCUAGGCUAUCGACGUGAAACAAUUGGAGAGUCGACUAUUUGUAUUCCUUGCACUUGCAAUAACAACUCGGACAUAUGUGACCCGGAAACCGGUAAAUGUGAAUGCAGGCACAAUACGGGUGGCCUAUUCUGUGAUCGUUGCGCCGAUGGUUACUACGGCAACGCGCUUGCUCCUCCCGGCAGCAAAGAGGCCUGUCAAUCUUGUCCGUGUCCAAUAGGGGCAAAAUGUGUGGAAACUCUUCUAAAGGCUGUUGUCUGUGUGGAUUGUCCGAACAAUAGAACUGGUAAGUCUACUUCCUCUCUUUAG